UUAGCGUUAUAUAUAAAACACCAGAAAUCUACCGAGCAUGUCCUCAAUGAUGACAGCUAUCCUAUUGCACUAGAAAGCCUUAUCUAAGCCCCGAUCUCUCCUCAUUACCAUAAUCCAACACGGCGAAAAACAAACCAAAGCCCACCAUGCCAACGCUAUACAGCAACGAAGCAUCCGGCAACAGCUACAAAGCCCGCCUCCUAGCCUCAUUCCUCAACAUCCCGCUCGACAUAAUCCAACUCGACCUACGCAACGGCGAACAGUGCGGAGACAAGUUCCUCGCCAUAAACCCCAAAGGCGAAGUCCCAACCCUAGUCGACGGCGAUUUUGUUCUCACGGACUCAGCUGCAAUCUUGGUCUAUCUAGCGGGGAAGUAUCAAAACCUAGAUGGGAAUAGUUGGUGGUCUGCGGACAUUGCAGAACAAGCGCUUAUCACGAACUGGCUUGCUUUCGCUGCUAGUUGGGUGCAAUAUGGUGUUUUCACGGCACGCGCGAUAGUUUCGCUCGGUGGAGCAUUUAACGGACUGGGAACUACGAGUACCGAGCAGACGCUGCGGGAGGCGAGAAUUCGUGGGGAGAAGUCGUUACAGAUUCUAGAUCAGCAUUUGGGGAGUGUGGAGUGGUUGGUGUUGGGACGGCCGACGAUUGCGGAUAUUGCGGUUUUUCCGUAUGUUGCGUUGGCGCCUAUGGGGGAUAUUUCGCUUGAGCCGUUUGGGAAUGUGAGGAGCUGGAUUGGGCGGAUUAGGGAACUGUCACGGUUUAUUCCUAUUGAUGGGUUGGAUGAUCCGUUGUAUCUUCAGACGGACAGGUCUACAUAGGGAAGAUGUUCGGGUUACGAGAUAGGGCAAGGUGUUUGAGGAAUAAUUUAGAGGGUUUAAUGAAUAGUAUUGAUUGCAAGUUUCUAGAGCUACAAUAAGUGAAACUACGUGAGCUCUAUAGGAGCUCGAAGUGCCGUAGACCACGGUCACUUGGAUCGGUAACUAAUCUUAGAAUCUUGUUAGCAAUCAUUUAAUGCUUGAU